AUGCCGGAUUCAGCAUCCUUGCCUGCUCAGAACUAUAGCACAGUGUCUGAAUUCAUCCUCCUUGGCUUCUCCCCCUUCCCCCAGCAUCUCCUGCCUGCCUUCUUCCUGCUGUUCCUGCAGAUGUGCCUGUUCACACUGCUGGGGAACCUGCUCAUCAUGGCCACCAUCGGGAGCGAGUGCAUCCUCCACACACCCAUGUAUCUCUUCCUGUGCACCCUCUCCAUCUCUGAGAUUCUCACUGUUGCCGUCACCCCUCACAUGCUGGUCGACCUGCUCUCCACCCAUCACUCCAUCACCUUUGUGGCCUGUGUCAGCCAGAUGUUCUUCUCCUUCAUGUUUGGCUUCACCCAUUCCUCCCUGCUCAUGAUCAUGGGCUACAACCGCUACGUGGCCAUCUGCCACUCUCUGCGCUACAAUGUGCUCUUUUGUCCCCGUGACUGUGCCCAUCUUGUGUCCUGGUCCUAUGCUGGUGGCACAGUCAUGGGGAUGAUGGUGACAUUGAUAGUUUUUCACCUCACCUUCUGUGGGUCUAACGUGAUCCAUCAUUUUCUCUGCCACGUGCUUUCCCUCUUGAAGUUGGCCUGUGGGAAUGAGACAUCCUCUGUCACCUUGGGUGUGAUCCUGGUGUGUGUCACAGCUCUGAUGGGCUGUUUAUUCCUCAUCUUCCUCUCCUAUGUCUUCAUCGUGCCUGACAUCUUGAGGAUCCCCUCAGCUGAGGGCAGGCACAAGACCUUCUCCACAUGUGUGUCCCACCACACUGUGGUGGCCGUGCACUAUGGUUUUGCCUCCAUCAUCUGCCUCAAGCCCAAGGGCCCUCCAUCUAUGGACAGUAACACUCUGAUGGCCACCACCUAUACAGUCUUCACCCCCUUUCUUAGCCUAAUCAUCUUCAGCCUCAGGAAUAAGGAGCUGAAGAAUGCCAAAAAAACCUUCUGCCGAAAAUUCUGUCCCUCAGCUCCUGACAGACAGCGUAGGGGAGAGGAAAGAUGA